GGCAGAUUACGCACCAUAUAUAAUAUAUUAACGACGAUACAGCCCACUUCAUCAUCCAUAAGUGAUACCUCCGUACAGAUGGAAUGGGAAGCUAGGAAGUCUGGUCAAGAAGGAAGCCUGUGGACCUAUUCGACAACAUCCACUUCCUCAUGGAAUCGAAACAAGAUUCAAAAGCUCGCAAGACUUGGUGAUCGCAGAACGACGAUACGUGAGCUUUAAUGGGUGCGCUGCAGGGAAACGGGCUUUCGUCCAAGUUUGAGGAUUACGCCACUUCUUCCUAGAUGCUGUCAGUCGCUGCCCGCACGCAUCAGCCAUGGUCCAUUGUCAAAUCCGAGGGCGUUUGAUGCAAUGAGCGCUGCAUGCUGUCACCGGCAAGGGGGUUCCUGAUCGAGAAACCGACGGUGCAGGCCUCAGAAGGAGUUCCCUCAACCCCCGAGUCUGCUAUACCCGAAGAGCAUGCCCCACAGCUGAAUAAUAGCAUGGCUAUUAUUGACAGCCAUCUGCCAGCUAGGAGCCCAGUCUGUACGAUGGAGGAGAACCCACAGCAUGCGUCACCAGCUCCGGAGACCUCCCCAACUUAUGAAAGAGCUUGUCCUGCUGUCUCUGCUAAUGAGCUUGCCGCUCCAUCAGAACCUGUAACAGGACCAUCAAGCUUCUUCAUCGUAGGUUCAUUGCCCGAGGCAAAUACAUAGCGUGAAGGCUUCGAUCAAGCCUGCCUCCCUGCCGCCUGCACACACCCAGUGAGUACAGCCGACCCUACCGAUAGCACGUUUAGCCCAAAGGCUAGUGGGCAUACCCAUGAGUCUCAGCAGAAUUCACUUAGUAUACCAGAUUAGCUAGUACUGGCAACCUUAGGUCAUUACCAUUCUUCGCAUGAUUCUAUAAUAAGAUUACCCUUCGCAUCCUCGCAAACGAACCAUAUAACGGUUUCUAAA